UUAGACAUAAAUUUUGAAUUACAAAUUUUUUUAUAUAAAUAUUAAGAAAAUGGAAUGUGUAUUUUGCUGGCAUUAUAAUUCCGCAUAUCCUCAAGAUGUUAUAUUAAAGAAUUCUAAAUAUUGUAAAUUAUAUUCUCAGCAAGAAAAGAAGUCUAAGAAACCCAUAGAAAAUUCUGAAAAUUGCAAAACUUUAUAUACCAAAUGCGAUUAUUAUUUGGAACGAUGGGUACAUGAAAAUAUUAUUGAAUUAGAAAAACUGUUCAAAGAUCACGAAAAAUUAGUAAAGCAUGAAAUGGAACUACAACAAGGAGUAAUAAAUGACAUGUGGAUUCAAUCUCAAAGAUAUUUAAUUUUAACAAGCGGUGUUUGUGUUAAAACCUAUCCCGAAAUUGUAUCUCUACCUACCGAAAAACGGGUCUUAUACGGAUUUCAUAUGAAUUUAAGAAAAAUAAAUGUAUCAAAUUCUCAUUUAGCCCUGUCUUUGGAAGCUAUAAGAUCUUCUCAAGCUCAGUUAAAUUACCGCUGUGAACAACUUGAUGUGACAAUAGAAAGUCCUUUUAUGAAGGGUUCUUAUGCAUUGAAAUCUUUAACAUAUAUUCGCAAUAUUUUAAAUGAUUUAUUUCAAUAUUUUUAUACAAAUGUAUGUAAACUGAAAAGUUGGGCUUUACUUCUAGAUCCAGCAGAUUCUGUGGCCAUAGAAGAUUAUAUAAAUUUGUUGAAAUCAAACAACGAAUGUGAUUUAAUGGAAAACUUAAAGAAUUGCUCAUGUUUGCGUACAAAGCGCCGGGAAUGUAUUAAAUGUCAUAAGCGUUGUUAG